AUGGAAAAUAAUGAUAACGAGGUUGAGGGUGCUAUGCAAACUAUUCCAACUAUGGGAAGUCAAGUUCUUGCAUCGACAGCAUCGCAUUCACAAAAUGAGAGUGUUCCAAUUGAGGCAAACGAAGCAACUCUAAAUAACACUUUAGAUGUUGAAAUUUCGGGUACAGAUGUUGGAACAAAAAGAAAAUGUAGAUCUAUUGCAUGGGAUCAUUUCGAGAAAAAACUAAUUGGAGGAAAAUGGAAAGCGAUCUGCAAUGAUUGUAAGAAAACCUUAGGUGGUGAUACUAAGAAUGGUACCAAGCAUUUACUUGACCACAUGAAAAUAUGCUUGCACAAGAAACAGAAGACCAUACAACAAUCUCUAUUGCAGCCAGCAAAAUCCAAUGAUGGGAUAAUGCAACUUGGGACAUACCAUUUCAACCAAGAUCAAGCGAGGACAGAGCUUGCAAAUAUGAUUAUAUUGCAUGAGUACCCGUUAUCUAUGGUUGAUCAUGUUGGCUUUAGAAGGUACUCUCAUGCAUUGCAACCAAUAUUUAAAGUUGUUUCCCGAAACACAAUCAAGACUGACAUCAUGAAGAUAUUCGAGUAUGAAAGAAAUAAAACAAUGAAAUUAUUAGACUCAAAUGUUAGUCGAAUUGCGUUGACAACUGAUAUGUGGACGGCAAGUAAUCAACAAAGAGGAUUCAUGGCCAUCACUUCACACUUCAUUGAUGUUUCAUGGAAAUUACAAAGUCGGCUUGUCAGGUUUAUAUAUGUGCCGUGUCCACAUACUGCUGAGGUUCUCGCAAAUGCACUUGUUGAUUGCCUCUUGGAUUGGAACUUGGAUCGUAAGUUAUCUACUUUAACCGUUGAUAAUUGCACAACUAAUGAUGCUAUGAUUGAGCUUAUUCUGGACAAGCUUCCUCCGAGUUCACUUAUCUUAGAAGGAAAAUUAUUUCACAUGCGCAACACCAAAAGAGAUGAAAAAUUUAUUGAAACAGCUCGACAAUUGAAGGUUCCAAGCACAAAGAAACUAGAACUUGAUUGCAAAACACGAUGGAACUCUACAUAUUUAAUGCUUAACACUGUAUUGGAAUAUGAAGCUGUGUUUGCUCGUUUGAAACAACGUGAAACUUUAUAUAAAAGAGUUCCCACACAAGAAGAUUGGUCAAAAGUGAGAGAGAUUUCUUCUAAAUUGGAGAUGUUUUUUGAUGCCACAGAGUUAUUUUCGGGGACCAAGUAUCCCACUAUAAAUCUUUUCUUCUCUACUAUUUGUGAUAUUAAGUUGGCAAUUGGUGAUUGGCUUCUCUCGGAUGAUAAUGUGGUGAAAACAAUGGCAACAAAUAUGAAAGUAAAGUUUGAAAAAUAUUGGGAUGUAAUGAAUUGUUUAUUGGCAAUUGGGAGUAUUUUAGAUCCAAGGUACAAGAUGAAGACAGUUCAAUUCUAUUAUCCUCUUGUUUAUGGUGAUAUGUCUUCUUAUGAGAUUGAAAAACUAAAGAAAAAGUUGUGUGACAUGGUUGAAGAGUAUGAGAAGAAAUCCAAACAAUCACAGAAAGUGAAAAAUUCACAAUCGUCUUCUUCUUUAAGGCCUCCACUUCCUAAGUGUGGUACUUAUGCUGAUAAAUUUGAGAUGUUCAUGGAUUCUAAUAAUAGUACUGAACAUGAGAAGUCGGACUUGGAUUAUUAUUUAGAAGAGUCUCUUUUGCCAAGAACAAGUGAGUUUGAUAUCUUAUGUUGGUGGAAGACAAAUGGGAUUAAAUAUCCCAUUUUGCAUGAUAUUGCUAAGGAUGUGUUGGCCAUUCCCGUGAUGACCGUUGCUUCCGAAUCAACAUUCAGUACUAGUGGGAGAAUUUUAAAUGCUCAUCGUAGUAGACUUCAUUCUAAAACUGUUGAAGCUUUGAUGUGUGCUCGAGAUUGGUUAUGGAGUGAAAUUCAAGAUUCUACAAUUUCAAUUGAUCAAAAGUUUGAUAAUGAUGCUGAUAUAGAGGAGCCAGAGUCGUCACGCACAAUUACAGAUAGUAACUCCAUAGAAUGUUAG